AUGGCCAAUGAAGAGCAGAGAAGGGCCUUUGAGUCGUACAUGGGCCGCACUGGCGGCAGUGGCAGUGGCAGUGGCAGCAACGGACAAGACCAAAACCAAGGUCAGCCAAUUCCUCAGUACCCGGGUUCCUUCGCCCAGCCAGCCAACUCGUAUCUUUUCAGAGUGCUUGAAAUCGGACUGUCUUGUCCGGUCUCUCGCCAAUUUCCAGGCCUUGAAAUACCUCCUGCGGCACCAACACCCCCACCGGCAGCCUCCUCUUCCGUCGCUUCGUUUCCAGGAUAUCAGGGAGGCUAUCCGCAGGCUGGAUACGGCCAAGGCACCUACAGUCAGACCGGAAUCCCACAGCGCCCAGCGCCGCUUUUAGAUCCGCAGGCACAGCAACAGGGUCAACAACAGAUUUCAACAGCUGGUCCAUCAGGAUAUGCUCAGGUACCAAGGGACUAUAUCCCUCAGCCCCCGCCUCCACUAGGAUCUAACGCCGACUGGCAGUAUAACAACCAGAAUUCUGAUAUAGAUCGUCGGCGAAUGGCUCCACUUACGAGCGCCAUGGUGCCAUCGUCACGGAAUAUGCAGCAGGAUAAUAUGGAGUCAAGAUCACAGCAGACAAGCGAACGAUAUCACUACCAACGAUAUGGGCAAUCCCAGGCAACUGCGGCACCACCACCACAGGUCGAGGAAGUGGCUGUACCAGUUAUGCUCUGUCACACCUGUAGUCACUGCGGCCAAAUGCGCUCCGCAGGCUUCCAUCGCAGUAACCCGGUCCUCCCUGGCAAGCCUAUGGUUCCCACACUCUGCCGACGAUGCGAGAAGAAGCUCAAGAGCUCCUACCGCUCAACCAGCAGAUACACACACAUCCGAAAGUGUACGGCCGAUGUGCCAUGCGAGUGGCCUGGAGAGUGUGUCCAUAUCGACAUCGAACAUGAUGAGCGCAGGGGUCGGAGGCGAAGCAGAGAGGAAACCUAUUUUGCGCGUUACUCUCCCAGUCGCCCACGCGUGAUUAGACGUGAAUCUAGUCAAGCAUACCUGGGCCUACGAGCUCUCCAACGACCUCGAGAGGAAUCCAGAGCUGAGCGGAGAACACACACUUUUUCGUUGAGUCCCCGUCGUUCGUCAAGGUAUGCUAGAGAAGCCUGGCUCCCGCCUGACAUUAUUCGCUCAAGGGCAACACAGUCAGAUCAAGUAUACUCUGCGCCGCCUGCGCCACUCCCCAGUCGUGUCUCAAAAUCCGAUGAGGUAUGGCCUCCACCAGAUAUUGUCCAUACUCAUUCCUAUAGGAAGAUUGACAGAAGCCCCUCACGCCGAGCGAGUUCCAGGAUCGUCGAGCUCAGUCCGUCCCCUCCGCCUCAGACGAGAUCCACGAGAGUCAUGUAUCGGACUGAGUCGCAAGAACGCAGGCCUAGGAGUCAAAGUAGAUCUCCCGUUCGAGUCAGCUUUCGUACUGAGGGGCGGAGCGAGGAAGCGGAAGCUCGCCUUAUAUCUCAUCCAAGGCCGUACCGGUCGAUCGUUCGAGAGCGUCGUAGUUCUGUGAAAUUGUCAGAUGAAACUUCGAGCAACGCUGACUCUGUGCCGCGUCGUCGUCUAGAAUCGCCUAGUCGGAGUAUUCUGAAACCUAUAGGCACCGAUCGCGAGACCUCUUACCGGAGGAAGGACACAGUGCGCGAAAGCCAAGAGAGAAUGCAUGUCGAAGUGAAAGGGCCACAUGUCCAUUUUGGUGAAGGAGGAAGGCAAGAGGAGCCGGUACUUGAAUCAAGAGGCAGACCAAGGUAUUUAGAUACGCGAAUGGCAAGCGACGACAACUACAAUCACUAUCGGGAGUAUUCUCGGCACCGAGUUGUCGAUGGCCCUCCGCCUGAGUCACCAACUCAGGAUUUUGAAAGGAUCCGUAUUCGUCACUCAUCGCCAUCUCCAAGAAAACAGUACGAAGAAGAGAUUCGUAUCGAUCGACAGCGCCGUCUCUCGCCCUCCCCUCCACUUUCUAGACGCUAUGAAGAAACUCGCUUCCGGCGUACUUCUCCUCUAACCGCUCGCCAUACACCACGUGCACCACCCUCCUCUCCGUCGCCCGAGCGUCCACCACAGCCACUAUAUCGUCACGUUACCCGCACACGAGCUCUCGAGCGUACCGGGCAUGUGACCCCGCCAUCUGACUGCCGAAGACAGGAGGAAGAUAACACUGAUUCGGAGAGCGCGCACUCUGGAGAGAUCACUGAAGUCAGAAGCUGGAAGGGUAUCGAUGAAAACGGGCAGCCUGCUACGUUUGUAGAAGAGAGGAGAACCAUGAGAAUGAUUGAUCAAGGCAGCGAGAGGGGUGGGCUCGCGAGAGAGUAUCGAGAUAUGGGAAAAGGACAAAGAUCGGAUGCAAGAGACAGGGUGACAAGUCGGAGUUGGAAGGAUGUAUAA